AACACACCUCGGGGCCGUCACAGCCCUCUGCUCCAACAACAACAAUGACGGGAACCGAGACAGAAAAUUCACUUGAUGCAGCUUCAGAAGAAGUUCUUGCUGACGGAAAUGAGGAAAGAGAAUCUGAGCUGAGGUUACCUCUAGCGAGGAUCAAAAGGAUAAUGAAAGCUGAUCCGGACUUGAAUUUGGCCAGCCAGGACGCUGUCUUCCUCGUGGCCAAGGCUACGGAACUUUUUAUUGAGAGUCUAGUGCAAGAGGCUUACCAGUACACCUGUCAGUCUCGGAAAAAAACAGUGUCCAGAAGAGAUGUAGAUAACAGUAUUGAAGCCAUCGAGGCCUUGGCGUUUUUGGAUGGUGCAAUGGAUUAAAGAUAUCUUGUGAUAAUAUUUGUAAUGCUAAAGGUUAUUAAAGCACCUCUCAUUAUUUCAUUUUAUUUUAUAUUGAAAUUGAAAGGCAAAGGCAUGAAACAUUGGUUUUAUUAAGUUGUACAAUAGUGCUGCCAACUGCUAACUAUUGUCAGCCUGAAAAUGAAUAUUUAUUCCUGUUUCUGUACUCAUAUUACAUUGUUAUUGGUACACUGUUAAAAGUUCUAAAUAAAGGUAUAAUAUGUUAAUAGCAGUCUGUGUAACAGCAGUAAAACUGCCUGGUAAUUGUCAAAUAGGUGCAUACUUCAUUUACAUUGAAAUCAAAUAUUAUUCAUGAGAUUUUUGAAUUGUAUGUAUAAGUUAAUUUCUCCAGUUUUUUUUUUUUUAUAUAUUUCAUGAUUCUGAAUUACAGUAUAUUAAAUCUUUGCACAUUAGAGGCCUGUUUAACUGAUUUUGCACUACUGACAGUACUGUGGCUGGAACAGUAGCUAAUGAAGAAUGCCAAAAAAAUGUUAGACAGAAUUGAGUCUCAAUAUAAGAUGAGGUUUACAUUAAAAAAUCACUGCAAGGAAUCUUCAUAAAUAAUUACACUUCAGACCAAGGAGAAAUUAGCAACAAGAAGAGCAGAUUUUUUUUAUUUAGAACUAAGUGGAACAGCUGUGACAUGUGUCAUCUGGAAUUCUUGCUACUUAUGAUGAAAUUGUAGGUUAUUAUAGGUGAGCAAUAUUCAGGGAGUCUGUCACUAGUAGGACUAGUGACAGACUCCAUGAAAGUUCUCAAAUUAUAUCAUUUAUGCAUUUCAUAAAAUUAAUACACAAAUAACCCACAUAUAGGAGAGGAGCUCAUGAUGACAUUUUGGUCGGGCUUGGACUAUUUACAGUGUGACUUUGUAAAUGGUUCAUGCUGGACCAAAACCUCAUCGUAAGCUCUUCUUUCCUACGUGCGGGUUAUCUGUGUAUUGUUCCAGUCACAGUAAAGUGCCUUUUUGUUCUUCAUAAAAUUAAGUAUUGCACAUUAAACAUUUAAUAAGAGUUACACUUUUUUAACUGAAUUAUAAUACUAUUGAAACAGUGCACUGAAUUUUAAUAUUAAAGAUAAGAUAUAAAAACUGUAUACAGUAUUUAAAAAAUAAUUUUUAUUGUAAAAGUUUUUGUCAUACACAUGUAUUUCAUUGUAUAUUGAACAUGUGUGUAUGUGAACUCCUGCAUAGUAAAGUGGGGAUUUGCCAGUGUAUCCUACUGUUUUCAGUAGAAAAUUAUUGUAUAUGAACAAUGCCUACUGUAUAUGGAAAUAAUUCAUUUAAGAAUAUUUGCAUUUAUGAAAGUCAAACUGUUAUUGUGAACAGUCAUAAAAUGUUUGCUUUAAACUGUAAUACAUAUAAACACUUAUGCUACAUAUGCUGUAGAGUUUUGCAUGUAAUUAGUAAUGUGUUUUUAACAAAGUAUUUUCUACU